UUCGCAGAUGCAUCACUUUUUUCUGCUCGUGCUGUGGCCUCAAUCGGUGAAAGAAGAUGCUGCUGCCUUUACCUUUUCUGAGGCAUUACUGACAAACUGAAGGAGGGCUAGCCAAAAGCUACGGGGGCGCAGGCUGUGCACGCAGCAACAAGGGAGCAUUUUUCACACCUCGGAGAAACGAGGAGAUCCCAUACGAGGGGGGGAAGAAAGAGGAGAAGAGGAGGUAGAGAAAGAGGAGGAGGAGGAGGUGGAGGAGGAGGAGGUGUGCCCUGAUGCUAUUUAGACCCCACAGACACAUGCUAACGGUGGCGGUAGGUGCAAACCCUGACGGAGCCCUGCGCUGGCAACCCUGGAUCACACGCUCGUCAUAACACUUUUUGUAUAUUUAUACAUUUUUUGCACGCUGCACGAGGAAAAUGCACCAGGAUUGUGAGCCUUUUGGAGUUAUUUUGGGCUGAACGACGUUGGAAUGUAGCUCUGUGCUUAUUAUCUAUAUAUACGUGUGGGCUCAGUGCGCUGCUAUUGACACAUGAAUGAUUCAAGCUCUCAUUGAAGCUGAUGCUCUGAGAAGAGAAGCAUAUUUUGAGAUUGUUUUUUUUGUUGGUUUCUGAAUCAUUCAGCCAUAUGACUGUGCCGUGUGGCUGUUUGGCGCAUUGCACAUGCCGAAUGGCAACAAAACAGAAGCAUAUGGCAUGAGGAAUAAGCACAUCCGGAGACUGCAGAGGUGGAAGGAGCCUGUGUAGACCCAUUGCGUGCACCGGAGGUUGAAUAUCGUUCAAUAUCGAGGUGCGUUUGAAACACAACAGGCUCAUACCGGCCACAGUUCAGGUGUGAAAUGAUUGCCCCCAUCGCAUGCAUGCCAGGUCACCGCCUUGAGGACAUCUAAACAACGUACGGUCUUUGAAAGUGUAUGUAGUUCACGUUGGCACGCCGUACAAGCACCACAGCAAUAAGGCAGGGACGGAGGUGAGCAAUAAGCAUCCGUUCACUCCGUGCGAAUGUAGGCGCUGAACCAAAGACGCACGAUCUUCAAUGAAACCCAUGCUUCCGUUCUCCAUUUUCUGAAAUCACUGUGCGACUUCACUGCAACGUCUCUUUCUCAGGACACUCGGUUUCCGCUCGGAUCGCUCGUCUUCCAUGCUAUGCACUGACUCAUCGUAAAUGUAGGUUUCUUUUCUCUCGCAGCAUCACGAACCUCAGAACCUUCAAGUCUUCCAUAAGGAUCUAGGAAAGCCGGCUGUGAUCUCCAUUCUUUCUUGUUCAUCAGAGGAUAAUCUUGUAGCUACAAGCAAGGUGUUCAGGACAGCUGCUCGGCAAACGCUGGGUUGUGUCGGCACAGAUGUGCGUGUGUGAGGCCGGAUUACAGAGCUGAGCAAAAGGCUCCACAGACAUUUGCUGGCCGAAACCUGAUUCAGCCGGAGCUGGAUAACCUAAUACUUUGAGGACACGUGGCCUUGGAUAGGAAAGAGAAGGAGAGGAGCUUUCAGACUGAGUGCGACCUCUCGCCCUGCCCUCGUCACUCUCUGUGUCCAUCAACACCAGCCCCACCCAACCUGCUCUCGCCUGUAGGAGGGAGGGAAGUAUACAGCAGAGUCUUCAGAGUGUCCAGAGGAGGAUUCUAGAGAGGUCUUUAGAGUGGCCUGAGAGACCCCUCUAGAGAAGUGUUCAUCAGUGCCCUGUGAAAGCUUACAGAGCGGUCUUCAGGGUGCACAGUAGAAGAAUCUGAAGAAGUCUUCAUCAGUGUCCUGGGACAGCUUCUAGAGGAAUCUUCAGAGUGUCCUGAGAAACGCCUCUAGAGACGUCUUCAUCAGUGUCCUGGGAAAGCCUGUACAGAAAUCUUCAUCAGUGUCCUGGGAAAGCUUCUAGAGGAAUCUUCAGAGUGUCCUGAGAAACGCCUCUAGAGACGUCUUCAUCAGUGUCCUGGGAAAGCUUCUAGAGAAGUUGUCUGAGUGUCCCAAGAAACACCUGUAGAGAAGUCUUCAUAAGUGUCCUGAAAACUACUCUAGAAAAGUCUUCAUCAGUACUCCCAGGAUAAUCUUCAAUCUUCACCAUCUUCAUCAGGACAGUGUCAUCAUUAUUUUGGGAAAGGCUCUGGAAAGAUCAUCAAUAUCCUUGGAAAGCCUCUAGAAAAGUUAUCAUCAGUAUCCCUGGAAAGGAAAGAAACAUGUACAGGGAAAAGCCUCUAGAAAAGUCUUCAACAGUGUCGAGAAGUCUUCGGAGUGUCCCAGGAAAGCAUCUAGAGACGUCUUUAACACUGUCCUGGUACAGCCUCUAGAGUCUUUAUAAUCCUGGGGGUGCCUUUUGAUACGUCUUCAUCAGUGCCCUGGGGAAACCUCUAGAGAAGCCCUCAAGAGUGUCCUAGAACCUAAAGAAGUUUUCAUCAGUUUCCUGGAAAAGCCUCUGGGGAAGUCUUCAGAGUGUCCUGAAAGCCUCUAGAGAAGCCACCGGAGUGUGUUGGAAAAGCUUCUGCAUAAGUCGUCAUCAGUGUCCCGGGAAGUCUCUAAAGAAGUCGUCAUCAGUGUCCUGGAAAACCCUCUGGAAACGUCUUCAGAGUGUCUUGCAAGCCUCUAGAAAAGCCUUGAUCAGUGUCUUCUGCUGCUUCUGGCCUACUCUUUCCCCCCCAGCUUUUAGGCUCCUGCCUCUGCACAGCCAGAGACACGAAGCCUUCAGAGAUAGACUGCUGCCCACAGAGACGUCCUGAUCUCCAGCAGUGGUGUGAGGGGGUGUGUGAGUGAGUGUGUGUGUGUUUGAGGGUGAGUGAGACAGAACGCAGCUCCGGUCCUCGGUAAAGAUGUCUGCAGUACGGCUGCUGUGGGCCUCGCUGGUGCUGGCUGCGCUGAACGCCCUGCUCAGCGAUGGCGCGUGUGUGGAGGUGGAUUCGGACACCGAGGCGGUCGCCGGCAAGGGAUUUAAACUGGGCUGCAUCUCCUGUAAGAUGAGAGGAGAAGUGGAGGCUUCAGCUACAGUGGACUGGUGGUUCAUGGCUAAAGGAGAGAGCGAUUUCACCCACAUUUACAGUUAUGCGGACAUGUUGGGCACGGUGACGGAUGACCGUUUUACUGACCGUCUGGACUGGAAUGGCAGUAAGAAGACACAGGACCUGCAGGACGGAUCCAUCUACAUCCUCAACGUCACCUUCAACGACACGGGCACCUACCGCUGCUACUUCGACCGCACGCUCACCUACGACUACUACGAGUUCCGCACCAACACCACCAAAUACAUUUCCAUGAACGUGGUGCCCAAGGCGACCCGUGGCAUGGCGUCGAUCCUGUCGGAGGUGAUGAUGUACGUGUCGAUCAUUGGGCUGCAGCUGUGGCUGCUGGUGGAGAUGGUUUACUGCUACAGGAAGAUCGCAGCAGCGGGAGAGGAGGCGCUGAGAGAGAGCGCGGCUGAGUAUUUAGCUAUAACCUCCGAGAGUAAAGAUAACUGUGCUGGUGUGGCAGUGGCGGAAUAACAGGGCCAAAAAACCUCUCAAGCUCCGUCCCUGAAACUCCACCAUCGCUCUGAUCUUCAUGUCCACACAGUGACCUUCUCCUGCUCUGCUCUGCUGUCAGUAAGAGACUCUGACUGUCCACAGAAGAGCUGAAGGCCACGCGUUUUGUAGAAACAUCACGACAGCGUUUCAUUUCACCAAAGGCUCUGUGUCGAGGUUUGGACUCCUACUCUCUCCAGAGUAUUGAAUGAAAGCUCCGCCAAAGGGGUUUAAACAUAGCAUGAGUAAAUGUAUAACUCUAAACAUUAGAAUUGUAUUGAACACGACUUGUAUAUAUGUAUUCUUCUAACUCUGAUCCUUUCUUUUUUAUUUCACACAAGAGGAAAAAAAAACUGCUUUAUAUGCAAGUAUAUGAAAAUAUAUGAAAAUGUUUUAUUUCUCCAUAUAGUGAGCCAGUCAACAUCAGUCAAUAGAUAUGAAUACAUUCCUUUAUAUUCUGAUACAGUUAAAAACGGUCUAUAAUAUAAUGAGUCAGGCACUCGAUGAAGUGUCAGCCUGGAUGUUUACGUCUGUCUGUUUCUGACGGCAGAAGAGUGAAAGUGGUGAUCUGGGUCAUUUUGUCUCUCUGCCUCAUCCGUAGCAGCUGGAGGUCGAGGCUGGCAGUUUAAACACUGUUAUUAAGGGAACAGAAAUGCUAAAGCUAAUGGCUAAACAACUGCAGCUGAACAGGACCCAGCUUUUAAUUAGCAUUCAGACUGCUUCUCUUUCAGCUGUACUCAGAUUGACUAGCCUAAUAGAUCCCAAUAAUAUCUACCUUUUUCUAUAAAUCUUAACAGCAGUCUGGAUGCUGUAGCUAAUGGCUAACUAACUACAGCUGAACCGGACGUAGCUUUUAUUAGCAUUCAGGCUGCUUCCCCUUCAGCUGUAUUCAGACUGAAAAGGCUAACUGGGCCCAAUAAUAUCUACCUUUUUCUAUAAAUAUAACAGCAGUCUGAAUGCUAAUGCUAAUGGCCAACCAACUUUAGCUGCCCUGGGACCAGCUUCCUGUCCUCAAUCACAUCUUUAAAUCGUUCAACACUUUGAAAAAUGCUAGAGAACGAAUGAAAGCUAACAUUGCUAAUCAGUAUUUAGCACUAUCAUUUAGAAUUCAUGGUAAAUCGCAGGUCCAGCUUUUAUUCAUUGCCAGCUGUGUUCUGAGGUUAAACCAUCCCUUCAGCUGCGUUCAGACUGAAAAGGCUAACUGUGUCUGAUAAUACCUUCCUUUUUCUACAAAUCUAAUAGCAGUCUGAAUGCUAAUGCUAAUGGCUAACUGACCACAGCUGACCUAGAACCAGCUCCCUCUCCUUAUUCCUCACAGGGAUUGUUCAACACUUUGAAAAUGUGUGUCGGACAUGCUAAAUGCUGAUUAGCCACUGCUAAUCAGCAUUUUAGCAUUACCAUUUAGAAUUCAUGGUAAAUCACAACCUUUUAUUCAUUGUUAGCCGUGUUAGCAUUCUAACUAUCCCUUCAGCUGUAUUCAGACUGAAAAGGCUAACUGUGUCUGAUAAUACCUACCUUUUUCUACCAAUCUAAUAGCAGUCUGAAUGCUAAUGCUAAUGGCUAACUGACCACAGCUGACCUAGAACCAGCUCCCUCUCCUUAUUCCUCACAGGGAUUGUUCAACACUUUGAAAAUGUGUGUCGGACAAUUAAUAUAACCUACAUUUUACAGUUUAGAAUUCAUGGUAAAUCACAACUUUACCUUUUAUUCAUUGCUAGCUGAGUUCUAAGGUUAAACUAUCCCUUCAGCUGCAUUCAGACUGAAAAGGCUAACUGGGCCCAAUAAUACAAACCUCUUUCUAUAAAUCUGAUACCUGUCUGAAUGCUAAUGCUAAUGGCUAACCAACUAACAAGCAAACGUUGCUAACCCCAGAUUUCAUUCAUUAUUAGCCGUGUUAGCAUUCUAAGGUUAAACUAUCCUUUCAGCUCCAUUCAGACUGGAAAGGCUAACUGGGUUUUUCUAUAAAUGUGAUAUCAGUCUGAAUGCUAAUGCUAACGGCUGACCAACCAACAAGCUAACAUUGCUAACUGCAAAUUGAAUCCACUGUGAGCCGUGUUAGCAUUCUGAGGUUAAACUAUUCCUUCAGCUGUAUUUACGUUGGUCCAAUAAUAUAUACUAUAAUAUUUUCUACAAAAGGAAUAAUAUUCUUAAUGCUAAUGCUAAUUAGCUUCCUCUCCUUGUCCCACUGAUACGUAUCUUUUUCUGUGAAUCUAAAAACAGUCUGCACGAUCAAAAGCAAUGGUUUUGUAGGGUUAAUGGCACAAAUCCUCAAAUAAUGUGACAGUUAAACAGUAAUACAUGGUGUUCAGCUACACUCCUCAAACAGAAAUAUUUUAUAUAUCACAAAGCACAUGAGUUCAGUU